AUGGCUGUUGCGAGGCUGACCCAGUUUGCCGUUGUGACGCUGCACAUCCUUUCGGGAAUCGUGGUUGUUCUGGCCAAAAGAGAAUUCUGUGGAGGUGUUUUUCUUGAAGUGCAACUUGGUAAGUAAUUCCUGAAGACCGAAAAUACGUAUUUUGAUUAUCUUGCCCCAUCUUUUUUCAUAUUUUCAUAAAAUAUUUGGUUUUUAUGUCUCUUACCUUUCAGAACAUGCUUUAAUCGGUCACGCUAUGCUCACGACUUUAGUCGUAGACGAGUUUGAUUGUCAUUUCAAAUGCAUAAGUAAGAGCUGUAAGUCGUUUAACGUUCGUCCCAGUGAUAGCAACGGAAACCGAAUUUGUGAGCUGAACAAUGAAACAAGGCAGAUGAAACCAAGUGAUUUUAAACAGAAAAAAGGAUCUACCUACUAUGCCUCUGUUCAGGUCGGUACAAAUUAUUGUAACUGAUUCUUUUAUUAACGAUCCGCGAACGACUAGUAUGAUGCAAAUGACAACAAAACUGACAUAUUAAUUUCUAUUUCAGUGCAAGGUUUCUAGAAUACAGAACAAGAGCACAUCGGGUGGUCAGGAACAAUGAAAAAUGUUUUUCCAAUCGAGCUCUUCGACAUAAUGAUGUCUUCAUGGGAACAUCUGUUCCCAUUGUCCAUAUUUUGAUGUUUCUGCAUGCUACAUAAACUCUACUUUAAACUCCUGAUGAGAAUUUCAUCAACCUUUUUAUCUCCUAGUCUGGAGUUCAAGUGAGAACAUCAAGAGCAUUUUUGUAAUUUAAGGAUCAACUUGAUCUGAGAAGCUCACAUAAAAAAAGCUUUUCAUGUUACAAACAAAACAAAAAAACCAAACCUGAUAAACAAGAACGCGCAUUACGUAUCAAGAAAUGGCCCAUUGUUCCGGGUCAACUUUCCAAACAAAAGUCCUGAGUAAUUGGUAGUCCUGAGGGACUUUGGCCGAAGGGAGGCGGAAAAGCUCGUAACUGAUCGAGAAAAUUAUCGGAGUGACAAUUUUGCUGCACUGGGGGAGUGGGUAGUGUAAAAGUUAUGUUAUGACUAGGUCGUCGGGGCUGAAUUUUUAUAGCAGAGCCGCUAUAAAUUUUGAACAGGACCUAUUAUAUCAGGCUUGAAAACAUGUAAAAAAUGUCGAUCUAAGAAUUAACGGGAAAUGAUUUGAUGUACUAUUGUUGAUAUGAUGUAUUUAUUUUGUUAGGUCGCCUGCCAGGAUGUCGGUAAGUUUCAUCCGGGAUACAUAAAACACAAUAUCAAACACCUGGAUGGCGAGAGGAUUCUAGCAAAGUUUAUUCAGAGGCCGUUCCAAAAAAAAAUUACCUAGAUUUCAUCUGCCGCAAUUUUACAGCUUGAAGCGUAAGAUAAAGUAUUUUUGCAGAUUAAAAUGGUCGAGAUUUGGUCACUUUGGCGAGGUCUAAGCUUUUGGAUGAAAUAGGACAAAUUUGACGCAAGCUAAGAAUUCGAAGAAACCGCGCCGUUAUUCAAGAUGCCUGCUGUUUGUGCAAUACCAGUGACACCCCUUGUGAUGUAAAUAUGUCAUAUUGUGAGGCCUGUCAGCUAUAAUUGCUACCUUGUAGGGUAUUAUAGCAAAUACAAAAUAGAAUAUAAAAAAUGCUCGAAUAAAGCCAUCAAAAGUAACUUAACUAAUUAGUGAUUUUGCAAAACCGAAACGGUUCUGAGUUGAUUCUUUGCCAGUUAGCCACUUUUCUUUGAGCGUACGGCUUGUUUCGAGUUUUUCCAUGACUUGAUCCACAAAACCUGACAAAAAUAAUGUUUUUCUAACGGUGAGGAACUCGCGAUGCAGCGGUAACUCAAGCAUCAUAAAAAUUCCUUUGGAUAGGAUAAGAGUCUCUUGAGACCCUUGAGCAGUGAUACCGUUGUGUGAAGACUAUGAAGCUCGUUAAUGUACAUAGCAUUUCCUUCUGUAGCUGUCAGAGGUUUAUAUAAGGAUUCGCCCGGCCACUCAUGUAAGGACAUCCGGGACUCAGGUUUCUUUCAAAAGGACGGGGAGUACUGGAUCGACCCUGAGAAGAACGGAAAACCUAUAAAGGUCUACUGUGACAUGACAACUGACGGAGGUAAGACAUGGAGCAACAAUGACAAUAUAAAGAUAAACACUUUGAAGAAAGUUGUUGCUACGUUCUUCAGAUACUACACUCAGAGUGAAAAAAGUAUCGAAUGAAUGCUUAGUGCAUCAAAUCAAUGUUUGAAAGGUGGUGCUGCGUCGGCGGGGGGUAUUUGUAGGAUAAUUUUGUUUAUCAGCUGAGUUUAAAAUGUAAAUUGGUCACUGCAGAGAAAUUCUAUAGCUGACUUUCUAAGCGUUAGCCCUUCGCUCUGACGAAGGGCUGUAGCUCGAAACGUCAGCUUUAGACUUUCUCUGCAGCAGCCAAUUUCAUUAUCAAUUUAGUUGAUAAAUUGCGAAUAAUACAAGGGCGCGCUUAGAUAUAGAAAUUUCUCUCCGAGUGUUUAACUCGAUAGCUCACGAGUGAGCGCAGCGAAUGUCGAGUUGAACACGAGAAAAGAAAUUUCAAGUCUACAAGCAACCUUGUAUCAUUUUGUUUAUCAUAUGAACACAAUAGCCCUUUACUGACAUGAAAAGUCAACCUGAUUAAUGAAUGAAAAUAAAAGGAUCGACAAUCCCCCAAUAAAAAUCGUAAUUCUCAAAAUUCUCAAUUAUUGACUUUUUCCUUACCGACAGAAAAGAUCUUUCAGGUACACGCCCAAAAUCGGCCCGUGGCAAAUCUUCCAGUUGUCGAUAUCAGCCGCGAGAAAUGCCAUUACCAAAGCCACUGAAUACGUAACUUUCUGUUUUUCUUUCCGUAUUUUGGUUUUCUUCCCCUUCUAGGAAAGUUUGAACGUCACUGUCUGUAAGCGAUACGGAUUUUUCAGUGUUUUAGCAGCCAUAAUCCGAAAAAUUGCGACAAACGACCUUGGAUUGAGAAUGGUGAUGGCUCUGCUGUUCAUUCAUCAACCUGAUCGAGUGGCACGAAAGGCGGAUGACGCUGAUUGGCGAUAUCAAACACACUUGAAAAAAUACGAUAUUUUUUUCAUGUGUGUUAUUAUGGCUUUUCUCAGGGCUGGAAAUCCUUGUAUAGCACCGUAGUUUAUAUGAUAAAACAAAUCAAUUCUAUGUUUUCUUUGAUUUAUCAUAAGAUAUUUGAAAUCAUAAAUUUGUUUCAGGAGGUUGGCUUCUUGUUUCCAACGUUGUGGUGGACGAGCCGUCCUCUCGACAGCUUUCGAUUGAGUCUUCUUACCGUGAAAUCAGCAACUGUCGCGACAACAAGGCGUUGUUUAUCACGACGGAUGCCAUGAAAGAACUGAGAACACACCUGUCCUUCACUCAACUGAGAUUUCAUUGCAGCAAACAAAAAGGACGUACAAUCCACGUGACUACCGCUGCUAACAGCUCUGGUGAAGCUGUAGUCCAGUAUUUCAGUGGUCAGAUGGAUUCCCGCCCCUUAGGCUGUGGCUCGUUUAAAAGAAUGGAAGAUGAUAACUCCAGAACAACUGCAAGUUGUCGUCGAUGGAGAGAUAUGAAGUGGGGAUUAGAAAGCGUCGCACAGCAAAGGUUAAACGAUCAUCCUUUAUUUUUACCGGGGGCUACUCACUGGCGUUUGACAGAUGGGAGUCAAAGAUGGGAGUGCGACGACUUCAAGAAGUCUGGUUCAGAAUUUUUUGCGCUGUCCUCUGACGAUUUCUGGGAAGUCUUUGUUCGUUAGGAAAUAAGAGCGACAGAUCACCUACAUCUGCUUACUUGGUCUUCAUGAGGCGUCCUUCAUCAGUAGAGAAAAUGACGGGCACUCUUCCCUGUAAAAAACACCGCUAAGGAAAGAGAAUAUAGACUGUUCUAUUCUCUUGUCUAAGCUCAUUAGCAUGCCAGUGUUGAGAUUAAAAAACAAAAACACAAAACUACUGUUUUUGAACAUUACAAUUUUGACCCAGGACCGCGUCCUUUUUUUUCACUGCUAUAAUUGCAAAAUUAACAUGAACAUGAACAUGUAGAGCUCACCAGGUCACAUGCUGUUUGUUAGUUUGCGGCUUGGUAAUCUUUUAGCGCGAGUUUUUAUUUGAACCUGCUGUCCAACAUCUCAGUUAGCCUACACCUAAAGUUUGUAGCUAUGUAUGUUUAACUCACGAUUUAUAAAACAGCAAGUUGUGAAAACAUGUAGAAGUUUGUACCUGCUAUUCUUUGCACCAUCAUGAAAACGCUCCGAAAAAUCAUUCAACGAAUAUUUUUCCGGAUAUAUACUUAUAAAAUUCAUGUGAUUCUGGUCCUCUUUUGGUCCGCUUCAGCCAAAUGAUGAUCGUGUAUCCGUUCUUCGGGCACAGACUAACUCAGUACGAAUAAAUCUGCUACUCUUUGACCUUGCAACAAGGAAAAGGCCACGCAUUACCCAUUUAAUGUAUAGUGGCUUUGAAACUGUAGGUGCUGUGGCCUGAUAAGCGAUAAGAGCGCUGGAUUGUGGGUCGGGAGCUCUGAGCUGGAGAGCUGGCCCGAUUAGUAUUUUUUGUUCCCAGGCAAGACACUUUACUCUCACCAUGCCUCUCUCCAUCCAGGAGUAUAAAUGGGUAAAAGUGAAUUGUCAGUAAAGCUUGAUGAAACGCUAAGGAAAGAGGGAGGGGAGGGUAGAGGACAGAAACCGGGAGAGGCUCCGGCUGGAAUGGUCACAUGACUCGAGUACAGACAUAACUACGUUCUUUGAAGCAGCAUUACAGAUUAGAAAAAAGGAAACAAGAGCAUAACUUUGCAGGAAUACGGUCAACUCCCUCGUAAACGGAUACCCUCGGGGAAUUGGAAAAGGUGUUCGUCAGUAGAAGUGUCCGCCAAAGAGAAUCAUUCCCCGACGCGGAUACUAAAGAAGAAAAAAAGGGCGAUGUCCCUUACGGGAGAGCGUUAUGUUGAACUCUUGUUCAAGUCAAACGAACGGAGAGCUUGCUUUCCCGUGGACAAAUAAAGAUUUGGCAAAACCUUUCCCCCCUUUUCUUUUGCCCUGUAAGAUACCAUAUCUUUGUUGAUUGCAAAUUUAAGACAGAUUUUACUGCUAAGAGUCAAUUACUAUCCAUAGGAUGUCCGCUAACGAGAGAGCGUAAACAAAACAAAAGUCCAAAAGUGUCCACGUUCGCCCACGCGGGCGUCCGCCUACGGAAAUGAGUAAAUACAAAGUUUGACUAGGAAGUAUAUAAGGAAUUUUACCACAAUUGGCAGUAAUGUCGCAAUCUGAUUGGGUAAAUUGCCGUUGUUAAUAAGAGUACAGUUACUACUGCUCGAGUCAACGUGUCACAAUCUCGGCGGUCACGCACUGAAAGAAUCGUUUUAUUUGCUGCGCUUCGUGAGUAAGAGUUGAGGCCACCCUGAACCGCCGUCGAUUUAUUAAAUUGGCAAUAGUGCCCGUAAGUAGAAAAUUGACACCAGUUUCCUUCAAGUAGGAACUCGGACAACUUUAUUAAAAUUGAUUCAUCCAAAGCUAUUGUUUAAAAAGCGCGAACCUAAUUGACAAAAGAUAUUAUGUAAUAAGUUUUCGGGGAGUAGGCUGUUAUGACCACCUGCUUAUAAUUUGCAUUCUAAAAUGAAACAACAACAACAACAACAGGAAAAUGAAGUCCCCGUUCUUCAACCUUGAUCAGAUCAGACCUACUGCAGAUUGUGAACUUUGAUGGCUUAACACUUUUGACAGCUUUAGUCUUUUUCAGCCAAUCAGAUUAUUUGAACCAUUAUAACGGAACUUUACCGGUUUUUUCGAUUUAUCGAUCCGAGAGCUGAGAAUGACUAAACAAAAUGUUAAUUUGGACGGACGUUAAUUGGAAAUUCCUCAAAACAAAAGCCACCCUGUUGAUUUGGCGAAUUAGAUUAUCAAUAGUAAUGAUAAAGUAGACAAACAAACUCUUCUCUUACUGCGACGAACAAAAGAAAUUUUCAUGCAAACUGAAGAACAAUUAUAGCGAUGAAUAAAAAGGAAUCAUGAAUUAGAGAUAAUAAGUAUUUCAAUUGUGAGUCAAUGACGCUCUGCUUACAGAGGAAGGCAAAUAUCAGAAAGCUGACAUACAACAAGAAAACUAAGGAGCUCCAUUUGAGAAAGAUAAAACAGCCAAUUUUAGUAUGGCUGUUUUAUGGCUGACCCAGUUUGCCAUUGUUAUCCUAAACAUCCUUUUGGGAAUCCUGUUUGUCCUGGCAAACAAAGACUUUUGUGGGAGCGUUUUUGAAACUCGAGUCGGUGAGUAAAUAGUUAAAAAAAAAAAAAAAGAAAAAAGAAAACGCCCAUUCUCACACUCUCUUUCUACGGCUAAUACUCACUAGAAAGAACGUUUUUUUGCCUUUAAGAACAUGCCUUGGUGGGUCAUGUUAUCCGGACCACUGUUGUUGUGGACGAGUUUGAAUGCCAGUUAAAAUGUAUGGGAAAUAACAGCUGUAUGUCGAUCAAUGUUCAUCCCGGUGACAGCAAUGGAAAACGUUGCUGUGAGUUGAAUAAUACAACACGGCAGAUGAAGCCAGGUCAUUUUAAAAAGAAGAAAGGAUCUACAUACUAUAGCUCUGUUCAGGUGGGUUUUGGGUUAAGCAGGUUUUUUGACAACUUUUCUAUCUUAUUCACCGCCAAGAACAAUUUUUUCGGAACUACUGCUGUAUAAUAAUGGAAACUGAGAGAAUCAUUCGCUAUUAGCUUACAUCGGGCUGUUAAAAGUCUCGGGCAAACGUUUCUCCAAGCGUGUAUUAACUAUCUCCAUCACUGUGCAAUUCCCGUUUUGCAACAACCUUCGAACCAAAAGGUUUCAUUUCUGCUUGUAUAGCGUAUUCUGAGUGUUGACAAGAGUGUAAGGGUAACGUCAAAUUUCCUUUUAAAAAUCGUACAUUAAGCGUCUGAAUACUGAAAACAAGAAAACAAGCUUUGUUCACUCUGAACAAUGAUUGAUGGCAGAACAGGAGGAAAAAAGUUCAUCUUUCUGUUUUACUAUUCAGGCCUCCUGCAUGGAUGUUUCUCGCGGGCGAAAACAAACAACCAAAAGCGGCCGGUGUCAUCCAAGAUACAAAGGAAAACAUUGUGAAACACGUAAGCGGUGUGACUGUUCUAGAAAAGUUCUGUCCUAGACGUUGCCAAACAAAAUACAUGACUAUUAAGUGCUAUGAGGAUGCUGGGAAUUUUCAAUUGAUAAACCCUUUUAUAACCCAUUUCUGAAGAUGAAUGCGGACAGUCGUGUUUAAGUUUGCAUAUAGCUUUUACCUUUUUUUGAGCGUCUUAACCGGUGUGUGAAGAUUAAUAAACCCAUCAAGAUCAGACCUCGUUUCCUUUUCAGCUACCAGAGGCUUAUAUUACAAUCAGCCUGGUCAUUCCUGUAAGGAAAUCCGAGACUCAGGUUUCUUUCAAAAAGACGGGGAGUACUGGAUCGACCCUGAGAAGAACGGAAAGCCACUAAAGGUCUACUGUGACAUGACAACUGACGGAGGUAAAAAAUACUUUGGAAAAUAAAAGACAAUCAAUGAAGGUGUUGUUACGUUACGUAUAUACCGCAAUAAUAAUUGGAACAGGCAUCGCGUCUUAUGUCCAGAUUUCAUUCGUUUUUUCCAGGAGGUUGGCUUCUUGUUUCCAAUGUUGUGGUGGACGAGCCGUCCUCGCGACAGCUUUCGAUUGAGUCUUCUUACCGUGAAAUCAGCAACUGUCACGACAACAAGGCGCUGUUCAUCACGAAGGAUGCCAUGAAAGAACUGAGAACACACUUGUCCUUCACGCAGCUGAGAUUUCAUUGCAGUAAGCAAAAAGGACGUACAAUCCACGUGACUACCGCUGCUAACAGCUCUGGUGAAGCUGUCGUCCAGUAUUUCAGCGGUCAGACGGAUUCCCGCCCCUUAAGCUGUGGCUCGUUUAAUAGAAUGGAAAAUGAUAACUCCAGAGCAACUGCAAGUUGUCAUCAAUGGUACGAUAUGAAGUGGGGAUUCCUCUAUGACAUACGGGAAAGGUUGAACGAUCCUCUUUUAUUUGUACCAGGACAUUAUCACUGGGUUUUGACAAAUGGGAAUCAAAGAUGGGAGUGCGACGACUACCUAGAGUCUGGUUCAGAAUUUUUUGCGCUGUCAUCUGAUGAUUUUUGGAAAGUCUUUGUUCGCUAAGGUCUAAACUGCGACAGUCAAAUACGUGUACUUUCACAGCCCUGAAAAACUUUUAGCUACUAGCUUACUAUAAGAAGUUAUCAAAUGCUUAAUAUUAUCAAAAAAUCUACUUGCACCAGACUAAAAUUUAUAAAUCUGUAAUAUUUGCAGUAGGUCGUAUAAUAGGCAGUUUUCAUUAGUAGAAAAAAAUCUCUUGCAGUUUUCUUUGGCAGAAAUACAGUCUACAGUCAACCUUACCAGUGUUGAGAUAACUGAGAAGGACAGUCUCUACAACUGACAACUGUCAGUACGACCACGAUACCCUGUCAUCCCGGGCUCAAACUGUUUUACUGUUAAGAACUAUUGUCCGUUAUCAUUGCAAAUUCGACCUUGGAUGGCGUCUUUUUUUUACAAUGCAAUAAUUGAAAAUUUAACAUGAACAUGAACAUGUAGAGUUCACCAAGUUACUUGCUGUGGUUAGUUUGUGAUUGGCAAAUUUAUUUAAAGCUGUUGUACAACAUCAUACUUACUCUACAGCUAAAGUUUGCACCGUUUACUUCAUCAAAAAUUUAUUAAACGACAAGUCGUGAAAACGUGUGAAAAAUUGUACCUACCAUUCUGUGCAAAAGAAAAAAACACUCAAAAAAAUAAUGCGACAAAAGUUUUGGUGCAUGCAUACUUUUAUCAUUUAUAAACUGUGGUGUUAUAAAAAGAUUUCCCGCCCUGAGAAAAGCUCUAACGACACACGUAGAAAAAUACGAUAUUUUUCAGGUGUGUUUGAUAUAACCAAUCAGCUGCUGACACGUCACUCUUUCACGUCACUUGUUGAUGAAUGAACAGCAAAGUCUUCCCCAUUCUCAAUCCAAAGUCGUUUGUCGGAAUGUUCUCGGAUUUUAUCAUAUAAACUACAGUGUUAGACAAGGAUUUCCAGCCCCGAGAACAGCCGUAACAACACACGUGAUCAAAUACCAUAUUUUUUCACGUGUGUUUGAUAUCGCCAAUCAGCAGCUGAUACGUCACUGGCAUUUCGCGCUACUCGGUCAUGUUGACAAAACACCAACUUCACCAUUUUCUUGGAUUAUGGCCGUUAAAACACUGAAAAAUUCAUAUCGCUCACAGACGGUGGCGUUCAAACCUUUCUUGAAGAAAACCAACAUACGAAAAGAAAAACCGAAGGCUACGUAUUCAGUGGCUUUGGUAAUGGCGUUUCUCCGCGGCUGAGAACGAAAAUCAACAAAUGAAAGAUUUGCCGCAGGCCAAUUUUUGCCGAUUGCCUGAAGGAUUUCUUCUGUCAGUAGGAACAAAGUCAAUAAAUGAUAAUUUUGUAAAUUGAAAAUAACGCCCAUUGUUGUUUUUGUAAUCGUGAUUCAAAGCACUUUUUUAUCUUUAGCUUUAGCGCCAACGCACUGUACGAUUUUCACUCGGAAACUGCUGAUCCUUCUAUUCUCGUUCAUUGAUAAAGUCGGCUUUUCUUGUCAGUAAAAGGCUAUUGUGUUUAUAUGAUAAACAUAAUAAUACAUGGUUGCUUGUAGAUAUGGAAUUUCUCUUCUCGUGAUCAACUCGACAUCUCACGCGUUCGCUGCACUCACUCGUGAGUUAUCGAGUUAAACACUGGAAGAAAAAUUCCAUAUCACGCGUGCCUAUAUAUUAUUCUCUAUGUGACCUCUAAAACACUGAAAAAUCCGUAUCACCUACGGACAGUGACGUUAAAACGUUUCUAGAAGGAAAAGAAAACCAAAAUGCGCAAAGAAAAAACCGAAAGUUACGCAUUCAGUAACUUUGGUAACUGCAUUACUCGCCGCUGAAAACGAAAAUUGACUGCUGGAAGAUUUGCCAAUUUUUACCUUUUCCUUAUUGCAAGGUCAGAGUAUGCCGGAAUUAUAGCUAUAGAGUUAUAGUAGUUAGUCCCAAAAUAUGGAUACACGAUCAUACUGACUGAAACAUGCUUUGUUUCAUAUAUAUUCAGCUGAAAAAACAUUAAUCCUUUUUUUUUUUUUUUUUCACCUUUCCGACCAUGCAUUAGCAGCUCAAGUUGUGCAUACGACUGUUGCUAUGGACGAGUUUGAAUGUCAGUUAAAAUGUAUGGGAACUAACCGUUGCAAGUCCGCGAUCAACGUUCUUCCCGGUGACUGUAUCGGACAACGUAACAGUGAGUUGAAAAAUAAAACGCGGUAGAUGAACCCAGAAGAUUUUAAACAGAGAAAAGUAUCUAUAUGCUAUAGGUCUGCUCGGGUUGAUACUAAGUUUUAUGGUUACCGUAAUUACUUGCCAAUAUACCGAAGAGAUAUUCGAAUAAUUUUCAGUUUUGAAGGUGAAUAAUUCUUAUAAUAAAGUUGGGGUAAAACGUUUGCUGUCAUCGGUGGAAAGAGCGUGCUCUUCACCCGUGCAAAGCUGAGCUAAAGCCAUGUGCCAAAUUGUACUAUGUCCGACCAUUUCUCGGAACCGGAACUUUACCGGUUUUCUAUUUAUCGAUCUGAGAGCUAAGAAUGACAAAAAGAAAAUGUUCAUUUGGUCGGACGUAACGUUUUAACGUGUCAUAUGUGUAUAUAUAUGUAUAUGUAUACAUAUACAUAUAUAUUUAUAUAUAUUUGCUUCGUUUCUGCAAAAUUAAUGUGUUGAAGCACGAGUUGGUAAUGUCACCUGUUUACAAAAAGUUUGCAGCCUGAUGCAAAUUAGUAGGUUCGCUUUAUCUCUAACUCUCAGGAUAAUUACGUUUUAUGUUCUCGGCAUCUAUAUUAACGUUCUUAUUAGUUAAAAAAGAGUUUAUUAUUUUGAACAGCUAUUCGUGAUUAUAAAAACUUUCACGCGAUAUAAGGUGAUCAGAGCUGAACGGAUGUAAUCCACUUGGUACUUAAUUAAGCGAAAAAAAGUUACUCAAAGUAUGAAAUGGAUGAGUUUUUGUCCUUUCGAUGUCAUGUCAAGAAAAACAAAACGAAAAAAUCACUUGUCUUUUAAAUUGUAUCGUCAGGCUUCCUGUGUGGAUGUUUCUCGUGAGCAAAGUUGACCCGUUAAUUGCAAAUUCCUCAAAACAAAAGCCACCCUGUUGAUUUGGCGAAUUAGAUUAUCAAUGAUAAUGAUAAAGGUGGAAACAAAUUCUUCUAUUACUGCGACGAGCAAAAGAAAUUUUCAUGGAUUUAUGGAUUAUCUACAUAUGUUGUCAAGUUGAAUUUCUAACGAGUUAUCAACUGAAGGGUCGCUCUAACAUUUCCUAUUAUACUCGAGUUAAAAUCAGGGAGGCAGCUUUCAAAUCUUCCCACUUGUCGCAAGUUCGGUCAAUCUUGCUGCAUUUUUCAUCCGCAAGUCUUUAGCUCUUUGUUUCGUAAUUGUUUACCAAAAAAAGUGUACGUUUUCGAGAGCCAAAAAUUGGCUGGAUUCCAUGCCACCGGACAAGAGACAUUAAUUAAGUUUCGUAAUUUUUCACUUUUAAAUAAAAACGAACUAUAAAUUGGUGGAUCUCCACUCCAAAAGCCAAUUAAAAUUGAUAUUAUGGGUGAAGUUCACUUUGUGAUUGACAGCUGUUUUCUCGAUAGCCAAUCAAAUACUUUGGACCUUUCCAACCAUUAAGGUUGUUUCAAAAUGUGAAAAUUUCGAUAAGUGUGCUAACUCCUUCAAAGCUCACAAUUUUAUUUUAUGGAAAAAAAAAGCCACCUUUUUUAAAAAAGAGAGAAAAUAAGCCCUCAAAAGCAAUUAAAGGACUAAAACUUAGAUGAAAAACAGCUUUUAAUAAUAAAUAAUGUUUAUUUUUAAUUUAAAUUGUCGUCCAAUAAGGAGGGGCCCUAUUUAUACAGGGAAACAAAUUAAGACGAAUUAAGGGGCUGAUUUAAAUGCAGAUUAUGUUUCUCAAGUGAAGAAGUUCCGCUUGGAUAAGAAGAGCGAUAAUACAGAAAUAAAGUAGAAUGACUGUUCUAUGGCUGCUCCAGUUUUCCAUUGUGACUCUUCAAAUCGUCUUCGGAAUCCUGUUUGCCCUGACAAAAGGAGACUUUUGUGGAAGCGUUUUCGAAACUCAACUGGGUGAGUUAAAACUCAAACUGAACGAUUAGGAUCUUCUUGAUUCUUAGGCUUUGUUUUACAUAUAUUCAGGUGAAAAAGCAUCAGUCCAUUUGUUUCGCCUUUCAGACCAUGCAUUAGCAGGUCAUGUUGUGUAUACGACUGUUGUUGUGGACGAGUUUGAAUGUCAGUUAAAAUGUAUGGGAAACAACCGUUGCAAGUCGAUCAAUGUUCACCCCGGUGACAGUAUUGGACAACGUAUCUGUGAGUUGAAUAAUAAAACGCGGAAGAUGAAGCCAGAGGAUUUUAGAAAAAGGAAGGGAUCUACAUACUAUAGCUCUGCUCAGGUUGGUACUAAGUUUUAUAGUUACCGUAUUUAAUUGCCAAAAUGCCGAGGAUAUUCGGUAAAUUAAUAGUUUUUAGCGUGAUUGGAAUGACAAUUCUAGCCUCCUGAGUGCAAAAAAACAUAGCUCUUUAUUUCACACAGCCAUUGAAUUUGGCUGUUGAGGGCGCAACAAAAAUGGGUAGUUUCAUUUCUUCUUGCGUUUUGGGCAUAAAACGUUCUCGAUUGUUUUUUUAGGUUACAAACCAGAGAAAUUCAGAACUUUAUUGUUUUUUUCAUUCUCUUUAUCUAUCCGAGAGCUGAGAAUAACAAGAGAAUAUUUGCUUAAUUUGUACAGACGUAACGUUGAACAUAAGUUGAAAAUAUGUGUUAUAUACCUAUAAACGCUGUGUUUCUGCAAAGAUAACUUGUUGAAGUACGAGUUGAUGAUGUCACCUGUUAAUAAUAACUUUGGAGCCUGAUUCAAAUUAUUAGGUAUCCUUCAUCUGUUAGUCUUAGGUUGACAAUGUUUUUGGUAUGUUCUCGGCAUCUGUAUUAACGUCCUUACUAGUUCUUUAGUUUGAAAAAAAUAUUUUAUUUUGAACGGCUAUUCUUCAUCAAAAAUACUUUCAUGUUUAUAACGUGACCAGAGCUAAAUGGAUGUAAUCCACUUUGUACUUUAUAAAGAGAACACAAUUGAAAAAAUUAUCCAAGAAUGAGAUGGAUAAGCAAAUUUUCUUUUUGUCUCGAUGCAAUGUCAAUAAAGCAACGGGAAACAAAUCAACUUUCCUUAUUUUUGUAUUAAUUGUGUCAGGCUUCCUGCAUGGAUAUUUCUCGUGAGCAAAGGCGACCCACUAAGAGCGCUCAGUGUCAUCCGGGAUACCAAGGAACACGGUGCCAAAUGCGUAAGUGGUCAGAAGAUUUUGCCUGUUACGUAUUCACAGCUUUUUAGACAAAUUAAACUGCAUAAUCAUUACCGGUUGCCUCCUUUUGACAGCUCGAGGUUUAGGAUAAUGUUACUGACUUUGUUAUAAAUGAGUCAUGAAGUUAGCGGAACUUGUCGAGAACAAACUUAAACAAAACAUAAAGUGUCGAGAGAACACAUGCAGAAUCUCACAAACGGAGGCAUAUGUGAAGCAUAAAACUGUUCUGUUGCGGUCCGGCCGGCUGGAUGUUUAAUUAAAGUAAAACACAUUUGCGACUCCAAAAGUAUCCAAAGUUAACUCUGUCACCAAAAUACUUCACCUUUAGGCAAAACAUUUUUUUUCUCGGACAUGCCCUUAUAUCCACCUAGAUAUAGAAAUAAAUAUUAUGAAUAAUACUGGGCGAUAAAGUAACAUUACAAACAUUACUUCUACUCACUGUAUGUUGUAGCAGAGUGAAACCAAGACUCCUUUUCUUUAUAAUAAGUUCAUUUAUAUUUAUGGUUGAAAAAAGGAAAAUUAGCUUUCAUUUUUGUUUCAUGAUUUUAAUAAUAAGCUCCCGUGGUGAGAGUAUUCAUCCGCAGUGAAGGUUGCGAGGAUCUGGGAAUCACAGCAAACACUUGUGGUAUUGCUUACAUCAAAGUGAAUGGAAAAGAUUAUUCUCCACACAUCAGAGGCCAUAACGUGGUUGUUAUCAACGCUAUCACAGGUAUUAUAAUCAAGAUCGGAGAUAAAGCGCGCUGUCAUUUGUUCAAAGAGCGCUCUAUCAGGGUACAAAGAGUUAAGUCACGCCAUCCACUAAUUUGUACUAUGUUCCACCAUUUUCCGUACUUUUCUCUUGCUUUUUUUCGGUAAUUGAAGUGAAAUUUCGGAACAAACGAGCCGGCAAGUAGCAACAGAAGAGCCAAGCAAAGGUUUGUAAACAUGCCAUGCCAUGCCAUGAAAAAUUAACCAAAUCGGCAUAACUGUUACAAUUCAUACAAAUCAUGACGGUCUCAGAGCGAUUGCGAUCAUGCUGAGGUCCAUCGCAGCUAGCUUAUCAUGGCGAUCUCCGAUCAUCGCAGUAAAGCAAACCUCAAAAAUUACAUCAGCCCCUCUUCGAAUGAACAACUAAGAGCUUGCUCUGAUAUCCUUUCCGAUGCAUUGAGUGGAUGGCCACAUCAGUCACAGCAGCCGAGUUUAACGGCGCUGUCAUCUCGAGCAAUCUUCAUGUUUCUGCGAAUCAGUCGGCUGUCGUUCAUGCAUAAAACACACGCCUUGAGCAGUUUGUUUUUUAAUUGUCAUGACAAAAAACUUGCGGGUUUUUAUGAGCCACAAUUCGGCCGGAUUUCACUGAAUAUUUCACUUUCAGAUUCCGUAUUAAAACUGGAAACCUUUGGCGAAAGUGUUAAAUUCGACCUGCCGAAAUAUUUCAGGUUAUGAACUAUUGCAGAUUGUCAACUGAGAGGGUUUGACACUUUUGACGGCUUUAGUCUUGUUCAACCAAUCAAAUUAUUUGAACCAUUCUAACAAGGAUUCUGAUUGGCUUAUUGUAGCAUGCUUAUGAGAAUAUAGAGCAUGCUGACGACAUUGAUGUUUGCUUUGAAAUCAAGGUUUGUUUUGAAAAUUGAAAGUAAUGCGUGGGAAAUUUAAAGGAUUCUUUUUUAUAAAACAAAUAGCGAAGCCUGGACUGUGCUCUA